UUGGAAGUCUCUGUUGAUCAGUUUAUUAUCGUAGAACGUGGGGUUUGGGUUCGCACAUGUCACAUUUUUUCAUGCCUUGAUUUAGGAGUGGCGGAUGGCGUUGGAGGCUGGCACUCAUACGGCAUUGAUCCGUCUCGCUUUUCUCGAUACCUAAUGCGCAUCUGUGCACAGAUGGUCCUCAGUGGUCAGUUUACGCCGACCAUGCCGGCCCAGUUAAUCGCCAAUUCCUACAAAAAGCUGGCCGCCCAGUCGUCGACGUUCAGGCGACCUGUCGUCGGCAGCAGCACUGCAUGCGUCGUCGUGCUCGACCGCAGUAACAGCAAGAUACACACGGCGAACAUUGGCGAUUCGGGUUUUGUCGUUGUCCGCAAUGGCACGAUUGUUCAUCGCUCCUCUGAGCAGCAGCAUUACUUCAACGCACCCUUUCAGCUGACGCUUCUUCCGAACCAGCAGCAGGAUGUCUUCUUCACUGACAGUCCUGAUUCCGCCGAGACUACCUCGUUCCAGGUACAAGUUGGCGAUCUCAUAUUGGUCGCCACGGACGGGUUAUUCGAUAACAUCUCGUCGCAAGCGAUUGAGGAGCAACUAGCGACCUUGACGACCUUUGAUUCCAGGGAAGUACAGAUGGCAUGCAACUCAAUCGCUUUUCAGGCGAGGAGGUUGUCCUUCGAUCCGAAUCAUAUGUCUCCGUUUGCGAAGAAAGCUCAGAUGCAUGGGGUAAAUGCAGACGGUAAGAAUUGA